AUGAGGACUCUUCGAUCAGAGUCAAAAAUGAAGGGCAACAAGUUCAGCAACACCUUUGAAGAAGCCAUUAACCUUGAUGACGACGAUUUCGUGAACAUUCAUUCAGGCGAAUCAAGUGUUAGUGUAAGUAAGAAAAAGAAAAGGAAAGAUGAACAUUAUGAAGAUAGUGAAGCUGAUGUUGAUGUUAAUCUUGCGUAUGCGGACAAAGUAGUUUUGAAUGGCUAUAAUCUCCGCAGAUCAAGGCCAUUGAUAAAUCAGAUUGACUCAGUGGAUUUGGAAAUGUUGGAGGAGCAUGGAUUGAGAAAUGGAGAAUUUGGAUCCUUGGAGUUUCGUGCAGAUGGGGAAGUGGAUCCUAUUGAUGUAAAUGGUGAUGAGGAUAAGGUGGUAGAUGUGGAAUCAAUUGAAAAGCUAUAUAGUAGGAUCUGUGAUGAUAAGGAAAAAAUUGAGGAAGCAAUUAACAAGGGGUUAGAAGAGGAUGCAAAUGAUGAUGUGAUAAUAUCUCUCCCCCCAAAUGAAGUGACAAUGAAAACGCCCGUUAAAGUUGCAGUCAAUCCUGGGCAAAGUAAUUUUGUGAAAGGAAGUAGUUUUGUGAAAGGAAAUAGUCCCAUAUGCAAUGUUCAAUCUACUGGAAGGAAUAAUGAGAAGACAAAGAUUGUGGAUGGGUGCGACUCACCUUCCGUGCUCUUUCUGGAAUAUAAAGGAAAUACAUCAUUGGAUAGUCCAGUUGUUCUGACUCCUGGUUUUUUGAAUAUGUCUGAUGAGAUUGUGGAACGGAGCAUGAGAAAGAACAAGGAUUUUUGCAAAGAUGACAUACCAUCGUUCGAUUUGAGAAUAACACAAUCGAAUGAGGAAGAUAAGAGUAUGGAUGUUAAAGGAGGAAGCAAGCCAGUAAUUAGAUAUACAAAAAAAUCUGUAGCGGAAGACAAACUGAAAAAAAGAACUGGAAAAGAUAUUAUGGAAAGAGAAAUGGUGCAUGUUGAUAAGUUGAAAAAUGGGAAAGGUAAAAGGAAGGGGAAACUUGGACAAUUGGUGUGUUCACCAUAUGUAGAUCGGAUAACAGAUGUGGAUGAGGCGGUUAAAGAUGAUGAAAACGUUGUGGCUCAAAGCAUAAUAGCUUGGGGGAAAGAUAAAGGGGAAUUUAUAUGGGAAACUGUUGAUGGUCAUGGAAUGCAUUUGGAAGCUGCACGUACGUUAGCUAUGAGAAAAAAAGUGCAUACCAAUGUAAUAGACGCGUGGGCUGCUUUCCUUAAUAAAAUUGAAGAACUGAAGUCUGAGGCUUCUUACUCUAGGAUGUACUUCACAUGCGAUACGAUUAAAACAUUCUUGAAGCAUUAUGCAGCUGUUAAAAAAAUGGAUAAGUUUGAAAGGAUGAAGGUGAUUGAAGAAAAGAAGAAGGAAAUCACAGGUGUGCUGCAGUAG